GAAAGGGAGUUGGUCCCAGAUUGUUCGAUCUGCAACAUACAAUGUAGCUUUCUCCAUUCACAUAAAAUAUCCGAGUUCAACUCUUCCCUGUAGAAAAACAUACAUAGUUGGAUCAAUCCUACACAAGUCUUCCACUACUCAUCAAAACCAACUGUAUCAGCAUGAUCUUAUUCUAGCUUCACUUACAUAUUAAUCAUCGAUUCAUUCAUCGUACUCACUCACAAAUGGAGAGACUAGGCAACCCUCAAGAACAUAUAGUUAUGAUUCCAUUUUUAGCACAAGGCCAUAUAAUUCCAUUCUGGGAACUAGCCAAAAAACUUCAAGAAAGAGCAAAUUUGAGCAUAACCCUUGUGAGCACACCUCUCAACAUACAAAAACUCAAAUCCACACAAUCAAACACUUGCAAAAUCCAUUUAGUUUCACUUCCCUUCAACUCCUCUGACCAUAACUUACCCCCAAAUGCCGAAACAACAGAAGCCCUUUGCCUUGCCUCAACUGCACUUCAAACCCCAUUUCAACAACUCAUGUCAAACUUAGCUUCGAAACAAGGCAAACCCCCUCUCUGCAUAAUCUCUGAUGUGUUUAUGGGCUGGACUAAUCGAGUUGCCAAGUUGUUGCAUAUCACCAAUAUUAGCUUUAGUACUUGUGGAGCUUAUGGUACUGCUGCUUAUCAUUCUGUAUGGCUAAACCUACCUCAUCGAUUUGUAAAAUCGGAUGAUGAGGAGUUUGUCUUGCCGGGGUUUCCUGAAACAUGUAAAAUCACAAGAGCCCAUCUUCAUAAAUAUGUGAGAAGUGCUGAUGGUAGUGAUCAAGGGUCCAAGUUUUUCCAGCCACAGUUAUCACUUUCUUUAGGCUCUUUUGGGUGGUUAUGUAACACAGUUGAGGAAAUUGAGCCAUUGGGUGUACAAGUACUUAAGAACUACACUAAACUUCCUAUUUGGUGUAUUGGACCUCUUCUUCCACCAAGAAUGCUUGAUAGCUCCUCCAGCAAUGAGAUUUUUGGCAAUAGAGCUGGUAAAGAACCCGGAUUAUCAGCUGAAACAUGUGUACAAUGGCUUGAUUCUUACCCCGAGAAUUCAGUACUUUAUAUAUCUUUUGGUUCACAGAAUACAAUUAGUCCAGCUCAAAUGAUGGAGUUGGCUAAAGGCCUAGAAGAAAGUGGGAAACCAUUCAUAUGGGCAAUAAGGCCUCCUAUGGGUUUCAAUCUUACUGAAAAGUUCCGAGAUGAAUGGCUACCACACAAGUUUGAGGAACGAAUGUCGGCCUCCAAACGUGGACUCUUGAUCCACAAAUGGGCACCCCAGUUGGACAUUUUGUGUCAUAAAUCAACAGGAGCAUUUCUUAGUCAUUGUGGAUGGAACUCGACCAUGGAGAGUUUGAGCCAAGGGGUGCCACUCAUUGGUUGGCCAUUGGGCGGAGAGCAAGUCUAUAAUUCUAAGAUGAUAGAGGAAGAGAUGGGAGUAGGAGUAGAGUUGGCAAGAGGAUUGGAAAGUUGCAUUACAAAGAAUGAUGUGAAAAGAGUCAUCGAGAUUGUAAUGGAAAAUGAGGGAAUAAGGAGAAAAGCUAGUGAAAUUAGUGAAAUGAUCAAACAAGGUGCAGGACAAAACAAUGGUAAGAAAGGGUCUUCUUUACAAGCAAUGGAUGAUUUUGUUUCUGCCCUUCUUGCAUAUUCAAGAACAUAAGUUUAGCGCUUCUCAAGCAGCCAGGACUUGCAUAAUGAUAUAAACUGGCAUUAUUUUCUAGCGGUUCUUGCAUUUUAUAACUUCAUUCUUCUUGCACUACAUUCUAAUGCACACAAAUGUUAGUUUUCUAAUGCUGCUGCUUUUAUAGUUUGUUCUUUAUGUUGUUAAUGUCGUUUAUUAUCACGCAUCAAUCUCUCCUGAGAUAAUUUAUACAGAGAUGCUUAAAUGCUUUUUGAUGAA